CUAGAACUACCACUCCCAGCAGGCGUUGCAUGGCGUCAGGAACUACCACUCCCAGCAGGCGUUGCAUGGCGUCAGGAACUACCACUCCCAGCCGGUACCGCGCAGUGGGCCGGGUCGGGAGUUCUCGCGAGGUUUCGCUUGAAUCGGUAGGCGGGAGGGAGAGCUGCCCGGGGCCGUUGGGUAGGGCUCGGCUCGGCUCGGCUCGGGCGAAGCGAACUGAACUCAGAGCUUCGCCUGCCCUUGGGGUGUGAGGAACCCGGCGAGUAGCAUGUCUGACGCCAGGACUUGCCCCAGGACCAGGAGCGCUACCGGAGUCGGUGCGGACGCUGGGGCGGCAUCUCCCUCGAUGGCCCUGCGCCAUAAAAUGAAAGCGAGGGUCCAGCAGUCCGUGGGGAGAAAGCACUUGUCUGAUCCAAGGAGGCAAAGCAUUUCUGACAAAACCUCCCUGCCAAAGAAGAGACCAACUAUUCUCCCUGAUCUUGAUAAUGAUACACCAAGGGUGGUGCUCAGAAGAAUCAUCCAGACCCAGCCACAAGUUUCACCUCUGGUUCCUAAAAUGAGUGAGACCAAAGAACCUGAAGAGCCUGGAUCAGAGCCUCCAUCUGAGAGAAUUUCCAGUGGCCUGGAAAUGCAUCUGCCGGACUUUGUUCCUGAGGGCACAGUUAUGACUGCGUUACACAUGAGUAGGAAGAAAAAGAAGUUCAGCAUUUCUGAGUUUGAGAGACGAGCAGAUGAGCGACUUCCUCGAAAACUUGCCCAGCCAGCAUUGGACAACUCUUCUCUGACACGGUCUCUUCAGAUCUCUCUUGCUACCCCAGUACCACCAGAGUCUGUUGAAAAAAGAGGCUUAAUCCGCAGGCCAAAGAAUCGCAAAACUGUCAAUGUGGAGGCUUUCGAAGGAGGCGUGGAGCAGAAUUUGUUGCAGAUAAAAGGCACACAAAAUUAUCUGGCGGAGUCGCAAGCAACAUCCAUGAUUGGAAUGACCAUGGGGACAAGUGAUACCGAAAUCAUCCUCAGCAACACGGAGCUCUUUGCUCAGCCGCAGCUCGGUGAGCAAAGCCAAGUGAGGUUUUCUGAACAAAAGUUCUUGAAAGGAAAAAUUCCAGUGCAAGGGAGAAAGGCUUCUAAUGCGGCUACUGAAGAGGGCAUGCUGUCUGAUGUGGAUGCCGAGGAUAGAAUGACAGAGAGACUUCAGAAGAAGGACUUGGCCCGGGAUCCUGAACACACUGACCAGAUGGCCACUGAGUCUCAGGGAUGGGCCGUGAGCCUGAGCUCAGAGCAGCGAGAACAUACCCCAGGGAGCAGUUAUGCAGAGCAACUUCCUGGAGCAGAUGGGCUGGUGGUUGAGUACCAUAGGAGCCAAAGAGAGUUGAGCUGGGACCUGCUGUCUUCUGACAGACCAAGCUCCUCACCGCCAGCUGCCUCCAGGAGUCUGAGCAGACGUUCGGACACCCUGUCUGCUCUACAGCCUGUGAAAUCCAGCAGACCAUCAGUGAGAGAAACUGUCGCCCAUAUAAUUGAGAAGCUGGAUGGCGCAGAUGAGAGCGAAGAGAUGGCUGGUGUGGAGCAGGAAAUGGAGGAUGACGGAGCUGAGCAGGCAGGAGCUGCCAGUGCGGUUGUCGAGAGCCCGAGAAGUGCAAGAACCCGCAGCUUGAGCAGGCAUUCUACUGCCAUGUCUGCUCAGUAUCCUGAGCAACAUGGAAGGAAAUUGAUGAAGGAAGCUGUAGGACGAGAAGCUGAGCUGGCUGGUGGAGCUGUAAUAGGAGAGGUGGGUGACUCCGAGGAAGAGGAGAUGACUGAGGACGAAGCUGAAACUGAGGAUCCUGAGAGCGAAGAGCUGUCCAUGAAGACACCUGCAUUCGUCCGGGCUAAAGCGUAUAGACCAUCUCCCUUACUGUCAACCCCAAGGACCCUGAAAACUGCUGCUUCCAUUGCUUUGUUUCCUGGCAGGUUUCCCCCAAAGCCUCCCCUGGCUCAACAGGCUGCAAAGAGAACAGCGAUGGCUCCCAGGAGAAAGCGAGAGCCUGCACUACCCAGCAGCUUGGUGAAGAAGAUCUUUAGCCAUUAUGUGAAAGUGCCAGUGGCCAGAGAUGCAUUUAAGGUUGUUGAGAAGUGUGUGGAGGUGUACUUCCGGCAGCUCAGUAACGACUUGGAGGCUUACACCAUGCAUGCUAGGAGGAAGACUGUGGAGGAAGCUGACCUGGAGCUCCUCAUGAGAAGACAAGGGCUGGUGACAGACAAGAUGCCUCUACAUGUGCUGAUAGAGCACCACCUUCCUCUGGAGUACAGGAAGCUACUGAUUCCAGUUGCCAUGAGUGGGAAUAAAGUGAUCCCUCACAAGUAGAUGUGUGCUGCCUCUGGCUUGCCUCAGAUGCAUGGGAACUUAACACCACAGCAGAGACUGGCUUUAAGCUGCUUCAUGGUACCUGUCUGAUUCCCUGUGGCGGUUGUACAUUAGAAACUGAGUCAGGCCUAAGGGUGUGGAAUAGUCAACGGAGGUUAUUCUCUUGAAUUGACCCUCUGAGUUCACUGACACUGACUGGGUCUCCUAAAUCAACAGUGAAGCCCUCCCGCUGAUGGAAAUGACCUCCCUGUGCUGUGUCCACAUCACACGCCCGUGCAGAUGAACUGCUUUGUCUCCUAAUGUGUAAAUGUCAAUAAAAGGUGGGUGUUUUGCAGUGCCUGAGUGCUGUGUAUUCCAAGGAAUUGCUAGUCCCUUACAUGGUCACCCCUUCUGGUGCACAGCAUGUCAUGCUCCCCGCAGCCUCUUUGCUCUGCUCAUGCUCUUCAUAGGAACUGGCUGGCUGCUAGUAGAAGGUGUUUUAGGUGGAAUCUUUAUUUGCUCUUUAACCCUUGCUGUACUGACAAGCGGAUCACUUGGCAGAUACACUAGGGUAUCCAUCUAGAGCAGUGGUUUUCAAACUUUUUUCCUGGGGACCCAGUUGAAGAAAAUUGCCCACAACCCAAGGAGCUGGGGAUGAGGGUUUUGGGGUGUGGGAGGGGCUCAGGGCUGGGCCAGAGGGCUGCAGAGUGGGGCCAGGAAUGAAGGGUUCAGGGUGUGGGAGGGGGCUCUGGGCUGGCGCAGGGGAUUGGAGUGUGGACUUACCUCGGGCAGCUCCUGGUCAGCAGCGCAGCGGGGGUGCAGAGGCAGGCUUCCCGCCCAUC